AUGUCGGCUAUGGUUGUUGUUCAAACUAAACGUCGACCUGAGAUGGAUCAUCAAUUGCAUCCACCGUCAACAAGUUUUCAUCAACCAUCUUCAUCAAAUCAAGAAGAAAGUUUUCGUCGAAUGAUAUUAGGAAAAGUUGAAGAUGGAAAACAUACAACACCCGAAAGAUGUAAAGAAAUUCUUGAAGAUAUUAUGAAAAUGUUAAAACAUUUAACAUCAGAUGUUGAGAAAUAUAAUAUUGCUUUUCGUGACAGUCGUCCACCAUUUUAUAUGCAGGAAUUUCAACGAUUAACCGAUCGAAUCGAUAUUCUAACAAAAGCACGAGAUACAUUAACCGAAUAUCUUCAUGAUUCACAAAAUCAUCUUCCAUUUUCCCAUAAUGAGAACUAUAACGCGAAUAACAAUAAUAACAACAACAACAAUAGUAAUCAUAAUGCUCCAUAUCAUAACUAUUCUUCAAAUCUAAUUACUGUAGUUGAUAUCCAGCCACCUUCUUUAACACAUUUUCCUGUCAAUGACGAUAUUAUCACUACUCGCAUCUCUAAUGCGAAUAUCGUUAAUCCAAAAAGUAUUAUUAUCGAUCCACCACCAUCUUCAAAAUAUUCCACGUCUAAUACACAGGAUAUAUCUCACGAUAAUGAUGUUGUUCAUCAACAAUCACCACAGCAUUAUCCAAAUUUGAGAACGUCAAGUAAUGCAACAACAUCAUCUACGUCAAAUAUUCUACCUACACCACCGUCUCAAACAAGAUCAAGAAGUCCAAGUAUGACGCCAAAUAAUUUUAUUCGUGUUCAUUUUCCAAAUAAACAUACAACAGCACUUGCGCCACGUAAUGAUCAAACAUUAGAGAAAGCACUUGAAUUAAAAGCAACAAUGCAUUCAGUGACAAAUCUUCGAGCAUAUAUACCUGUUUAUAUGAUAUCAAGGCAAACGUGUUCAUGGGAUAUUAUAUUAGAGAAUGUACUUGAAAAAGAAAUUAUUUUAGAAGAAAAAAAGAAAUUAGAUCAUUCAUUUGUGAGUAAAAUUAUCGUGCGUAAAACAUUUUUUACAUUGACAUAUUGCGACACAUGUCAUAAACUAUUAUUUCAAGGUUUACGUUGUCUAGUAUGCGGUUAUAGAAUUCAUGCACGUUGCAUACAUAAAUCUCAUCUAUGUCGAUUUGUUCGACAAGAUAUGUUUUUCGGAAUACGUGAAGCUUAUGUACGUUGUCGUUCAUGUAAUAAUGCUUAUCAUCCUCGAUGUUCAAUAAAAGCUUAUAUUUGUUCGAUGCCAUUCUUACAACAAAUAAAUCGUCACUCGGAUUUAGAUCGAAAUAAUAAUGAUCGUGUAUUUUCAUCUGUUACAAAUUCUCAUCUUAAUAUUAUCAUACCGACAAAAUCUCGUAGCCUUCCAAGAAUUCCCAUGACAAGACCUAGUAUUCCAACAACAAAUGCCACUACAGGAAAUGGUUCUACACCGAACAGUCCUAGUGAUACAAGACGACCAAGUAUUAAAAAGUAUGUCAGUGAAUGGGAAAUAAGACCAGAUGAUGUACUUCAUCGAGGGCGAAUGGUCGGACGCGGAACUUAUGGUACUGUAUAUAAAGCUGAAGUUCGAUUACACGGUCAUGUUGCCUUGAAAGAAUUAAAUUUUGUUGAUCCAACAACUGCUCAAUUACAAGCAUUCAAAAAUGAAGUAUUAGCAUUGAAGAAAAUUACUCAUCAAAAUACUUUAAAUUUUUAUGGCUAUGUCAUAAAUCCUCGAUUUGCUAUAAUAACUCAAUGGUGUGAAGGCUCCACAUUGCAUAAGCAUAUUCAUAUACUCGAUCGUCAGUGGAAAAUUACACAAUUGAUUGAUAUUGCAAGACAAAUGUGUCAAGGAAUGUCAUAUCUUCAUGAUCGUGAAAUUAUUCAUCGAGAUCUCAAAUCGAGUAAUAUUUUUCUUGAUAUGUGUGCUGAACACGAUGAUGUUGGAGGCAGUUGGAAAGUGAAAAUUGGCGAUUUUGGUUUAGCAACAGUGAAAACAGUUCUUGUUGAAGGAACAAUACCACAAUUUCAACCAACCGGUUCUGUUUUAUGGAUGUCACCAGAAGUCAUACAACAAAAAGAUCCCAACUGCUAUUCGACCAAAGCCGAUGUAUAUAGUUAUGGUUGCGUAGUUUAUGAAAUGUUUAGUGGAAAAUUACCACACAGUCCUACUAGCAAUAAAGAACAGAUUAUGUGGUUAGUGGGAAAAGGUCGUUUAAAAUUAACAGUUGAACAAUGUCGAGAUGAUACACCACCUCAAAUAAUUGAACUAAUUAAAAAAUCUACCGAAUUUGAUCCAAAUGCAAGACCCAAUUUUGAUCCAGAGAUUGAUGAAACCUUAUCAAAAUUUGAAUGUAUAUUUCCUCGAUUACAACGAUCUCAAUCAGAGCCAUGUUUAAAUAGUCGACAUCAAGAAGAUCUGAUUGGACUUUCUCUGCACUGGGGAGCUGUUCCCAAAACACCUGUAGCAAUGCAUCGACGAUUCAAUGCUGAAGUAUCUUGA